GUUCGGACGGUUCGCUGGGUGAGCUGCACGUAAACUCACCUGUCAGACUUGUUACCUUGUCAGAACGGGAUGAGCGCUGGACAGGUGUCUGAGGGCGCGGGCUGCGUCACCUGGUGGGGCUUCAGUCCUGCGCGCGACCUGCUGAGUGCAGGCCCUGUGAGACUAGAAGGGGACUUCAAUGUUUUACUGGUUGGCAGUGGAGAUCCGCGACAUAUUUUGAAGACCAUUUCUGGUUUGCAGAACCAAGACAACCUUCAUGUGUGGGUGAUAGAAAGUUCCAUGGAGGUGGUGGCUAGACAGCUGCUGCUCCUCUACCUGGCACUGAUGCCAAAAGAAAGCAUGGGAAUUAAUGAGAAGACGGAGGUUUUCUUGGAAGUGUUUGGGAACGGUGAGAUCCGCAGUCAGACAGAAGAGACACUGAGACGUGCAGCAUCAGAGCUCACUCUGUCUGUUACUGAAACACUGGAGACUGCAGCUGCACACCCUUGUCUGAACACAACUCUUCUCAAGUUCAAGGAGCGAGAUGAGCUGGCCCGGAUAUUCAAGUUGUGGAUCCAGCCUCGGCCUUCAUCAUCCUCAUCUGAGUGUGCUGCCCCUAUUUUAAUGUCCAAAGUUUGGGAUUAUCGGGUCCGGCAGCACCUUGGGACACGCUACGACUCCAAGAAGAACUGCUUCGACUGGGACCUCACGAUGAAACUGCAGGAGAAAGGGUGUGGUGUCAUCAACAAACAACAAUAUGCACAAUGGAGGGAACGGGGUUUGGCGUUCGAAAUGAGGGAAGGUGUCUACCAAAUAACCAAUCCAAGUUUGCUCUCUUCAAGAGUGUUCCGCCGGAACGGGGAAAAAGUGUCUUACAGGGGCUACUGGGGUGACAUUGUUUCCAGUCCUUAUCUUUCCUUUGGCAUUGAAACUGAAGAUAAGAGCCUGCUGAGGACACAGAACGGGCAACACAUCAAGACAGCCCAGGAUAUCUCUUUUGCAAAUGUAAAGGAAUUGUUCCAGUCCCUGUCCAGUAGACGGGGCUGCCCAACCACCUCCCAGUCAGACGCAAAAGCAGAGGAGCCGUCCCCCGAGGCUGACCAGAAAUCUGUCACCAUUAACGAGUUGAUGCAUCUGAAUAGGAUCUCUGUGACAUUCCUGCCAUCGGACUCACUUUACAAACUGCCAGAAAAACACAAAUAUUCCCACUUCUUUAACACCAUCUACUUCUCUGCCAGCUGCGUGCACCAGUUGGGCCCGACAAUGAGACAGAUUGCAACACCAGACGCUGUGCUUGUCGUGGAGUUGGCCAAGUACAUUUUGGAUCUGACCAAAGAGCAAGUAGCCGGCUUUGCAGAGACAGUGGUGAGCAUCGCUCUGGAGGCUGAAUUCGAGCCGUGGUGUGAUGGGAAGAGUGAUGACGCCCAUGCUGUUUUCAUACCGCAGAGGAAGUAAAGGUGGCUAAUUUAUUCUGCUCCCAUUGUCAGCAGAUUUCCCUUCACAAUAUGCAACAGUCAAGGUGAUAUUGCCUCACAUCACAUUUCCAGAUCUUAUGCAGACAGAAUUUAUUUUGCCUUCAUAAGGACGUUAACCAACCAAUAAGUAGCAACUGUGAGUGGCCUACUAUAGUAGUUCAUUGUUUGUUGUAGCUGAUAACAUUUCCAUGUUUGGAUUUUUUAAGAGUAAUAAAACAAUUUCAUUUACAAUUCAAAAGACACGGCAAGAAAAUAUCCAUUUUAUGUAUCGGUGUAUUUUGAUAAAUACAUAUGCAAUUGCAAGUGGAUGUAUUUUAAUAAAAGCCACACAAAAAUCUCUAAUCUUGUCCAGAAACUAUCGAACUGUCUUCUUGUUUCAUUGAGCCUCCUUUGUGAGUUCACUUCCAGCGUCCUCCGACCUUCCCCUUACCAUGGACCUUUUUGCUGCAUUGAGACAAGAAAAAAUAUAAAGUAGAUUAUGAAAAGUGGUAGAGAGCACAGAAAUGACCAGCAAGUGUGACUGAUUGUAGAUGGAUAUCACUUUAUUUUUCAUAUCUUAGAUGUGUGUAUCCUGUGAA